AUGUCAGUCUCUGGUAGCGACAGUGCCUUGGAGGCAAUCAGUGAUCAUAUGGAUGACGGCACCCAUUCAGCCCUCGACGAGACCGAUUCCGGAUACUGGGACCAGGAAUCCACGACGCAGUCGGUGACAGCUAGCAUCUACGACUAUGAGAGGCUUCACAAUCGAACCUAUCAUUCUUUCCACAGAGGCAAAUACUUGAUGCCCAAUGACGAGAGCGAGCAGGACAGAAUCGACAUCACCUACCACGCUGUGCGCCUGUCGUUCAAGGACAAUUUGUUCUUCGCACCGCUUCCCAACCCACGGGCAAUUCUCGAUAUUGGAACUGGCACGGGCACAUGGGCGCUGGAGGCUGCUGAAACACAUCCCGAGGCAAACGUCGUUGGCACUGAUUUGAGUCCCAUUCAGCCGAACUAUGUAACGCCAAACCUGACCUUCGAGAUUGCAGAUGCCGACGAAGAGUGGGCAUUCCCCCACAGAUUCGACCUGGUCCACAGCAGAAUCAUGAGCGACUUUACGUUGCGGAGCUGGCCUCAUUUCUUCGAGCAGGCGUUUCAAUACCUCAACCCCGGAGGAUGGGUGGAAUGCCAGGAGUUUGAUUACAAUCGUCGAAGUGACGAUAGCACUAUUCCUCCAGACAGUCGGCUCAGCUUUUGGGAACGCGAAUGGACAAGAGGGAUGGAAAUGACUGGUCUGGGCGGAUUCUGCAAACCGGAGCUCACGAUGGAGCAGAUGCGCAACGCAGGCUUUGUCAAUGUCACCUGCCACAGGUACAAGAUUCCCAUAGGUCCCUGGCCCAAAGAUCCUCAACUCCGACAAGCUGGGAUGUUCGGCUUGGUCAAUAUCCUUGACGGCAUCCAAGGACUGAGUCUGAAGAUAUUUAUGGAGCUCCUGGGGUACUCACUUGAUGAGCUCGAGAACUUACUGACAGACUGCCGAAGAGAGGCUAGAGACCGUACUGUCCACAGCUACUGGCCGUUAUUUGUUAUACUGGGGCAGAAACCCGCCGACGCAGAAACCCCAGCACAGGCCUGA